CGUAAUUCAAGGUUUACAAAAUGGCGGAUGCCAUGCUUUCUUCCUUCGAACGAACUUUUAUCGUGAAUGGAGUAGAGCAAGAUUUCCGAUCUGAUGGAAGGUCUUGUCACGAUUAUAGACAUUUUGAGGUGGAAACUGGGAUCGUGUCAAACACCAGCGGAUCUGCACGACUUCGUUUGUCUACAACAGACAUCUUGGUCGGAGUAAAAGCAGAAAUAGGAGAACCUCAUCUGGAGAAACCAAACUAUGGAUAUAUUGAGUUCUUUGUUGACUGCUCUGCAAAUGCUUCUCCUGAAUUUGAAGGUCGCGGAGGAGAUGAACUGGGAGCAAUGCUGGCAAAGAGUUUAGAGAAGGCUUAUAACCACAAGUCUGCCAUUGAUCUAGAGUCAUUGUGCAUCCUACCUGGAAAGCAGUGCUGGGUGUUAUAUAUUGAUGCUCUGGUGUUAGAAUGUGGUGGGAAUCUGUUUGAUUGUGUGUCUUUGGCAGUAAAGGCAGCUCUUCAUAACACCAGAAUUCCAAAUGUUUCAGUAUCUAUGGAAGAAGGAGGUGAAGAACUUGAAAUAUCAGAUGAUCCACAUGACUGUAGAAGACUGGAUGUCAAUUCUAUCCCAGUAACAGUCACUAUGAGUAAGAUUGGUCAUCGUCAUGUUGUGGAUGCCAGUCUUCAAGAGGAAGCUUGUAGUCUUGCUCAGUUACUAGUGUCAGUGAAUGGUGACAACAAUAUCUGUGCAAUGCAGAAAGUUGGCCAAGGUGCUCUGGAUCCAGACUCUAUUUUUGAGAUGACUGAGACAGCAAGUUCUGUUGGAAAAUCAUUGAACAAAGCACUUCUGAAAGUCCUUGAAAAAGAGGAAGUUGAAACAAGUAAAAAUAAAGACAAGGUUGGUUUCCUAUUAUAGAUGAAGGGCCACCUUAAAAGUCAAUUGUGUCAAGGAGCGCGCUGGUUUCAAUUAAGCAGUGAGACCCACCCAUGGAGAUUGAGAUGUCACCUCACCUUUGGUGUGUGACAUAGUUGUCCAAGACAAUAGAAGUCAGAAAAUAUCCUGAAUACAGUCUUGAGCUGGAUAGUGAAAUGUGUCCCUUCCAGUGAUGAUGAUGAAGAACUGAAAUGCAAGAAACCACUGCCUGAGGGACGGUCCGAUAAUGUUAUCCUUUCCUUUCAUGGUAUCUUCACCAACUCUUAUCAACACUGGUCUGUUUGCAUAUCAAGGAAGGGUUUAAGCGAGUAUCUAUCUCAAGAGACUUCAUGCAUAUAAUUAUUAUAAUUGAUUAUCAUAGUUGUUCUUUCAAAUGUUACCCUUCAAAGCUGCAAAGUAUGAGCUGACUUGUUAGGCAUACCUUGAAGAAAUGAGCCAACUUAGGGGCGUGGUCCACCAUAUGCACUGGUCUAUAUCUAGUGGCUUUGGAACUAAUGUGCCACAGUGUUAGUGAGACCUCCCUUACAGACUAGGAAGGAUCAAGAAUGCAUUUUUUAAUGUAUCAAGAAUAAAAAUGUUUAUUUUUUAAAAAGCCUUCUGUACAGUAUCUUAUUCUUUUUCUUGUCUUCUACAUUAAUAAACAGAGUUUUCCUUCCUUA